CCCCCCCCCCGCAGCCGCAGCCGCCCGCAGACGGACAGCCCGGCGCCAUGAAGUUCCAGUACAAGGAAGACCACCCGUUCGAAUACAGGAAAAAAGAAGGGGAGAAGAUCCGGAAGAAAUAUCCCGACAGAGUCCCCGUAAUAGUGGAAAAAGCACCCAAAGCCAGAGUACCUGACUUAGACAAAAGAAAGUAUCUUGUGCCUUCCGACCUCACAGUUGGCCAAUUCUACUUCUUAAUCCGAAAGCGAAUCCACCUGAGGCCAGAAGAUGCUUUGUUCUUCUUCGUCAAUAACACCAUCCCUCCCACCAGUGCUACCAUGGGCCAGCUGUAUGAGGAUAACCACGAGGAGGACUAUUUUCUCUAUGUGGCCUACAGCGAUGAGAGUGUCUAUGGCAAGAAGCUCUGAAUGUUCUGAAGCAGAGAACAGACCCAGGAGGCUUUCUAGGAUAAAAGAGAAGACACAGGCAGAUGGUGUGCAUCUCUCUGCUGCUGUCCCACUUGUUCAUGCCAAGCACGUGGUUAAGCACACUCAGGGGAGAAGGAGGUGGCAUCUGGGGUGCUUGGUUUUGUGUUCAGUCCUCCCCUCCCACUGCUGGGUUUAUAAAUGACACGUAGGACUAAUCACAACUCUUUGUUACGUGUAGAGUUUACGAUUUGAUUUAGUUCUUUUACAGUUCUUUCAACUGAAUUGUGGCAUUUCUGUUUUUGUGCUAGUAUUGUACAAGGUAAUGAUGGUAAUUUUUUUGUGUUGGUUAGCUGCAGGUUCUUGUAAAAUACAGUUCAGACUAGAGCUUAAUCAACUUAUCAAUAAAGAUGCAUUUGAAAAUCACAGAUUGGUCCAAAAUGCGUGACUAGCAUUUCUUCCUGAUGCUGACUUGUAAAUAAAGGGACAACUU